AUGGCGACUCCCUGUUCGCGCCAGCUCAUGCGAGCUUCCAUCCGUCCGCGAUUCAAUAUACCCACACACCCACAUGCGCGCCUCUCUGCCCCCUCUCGCACAUUCACUUCGACCCGAGCGUCAUAUAGCGAACAAAAUUUCCACAGGAAAGAGUCUUUCAGGUCGCGGCUCAAUUCUGCACUCAAGAACACCAAAGUCAAGUGGGAGCCAAUACCAAUUGCACUCGGCAUUGGUUUCCUGGGUGCGUUCCAGCUAUAUCGCAUACAACGCAGAGAAAAGCAUACAGAAGCCGAGAGAAGGCAUGCGGAUGGCAACGUGGUGGACCAGCAAGGUCGUCCGAAGAAGCGCGAGAGAAUAAGACCGAGCGGACCAUGGACCGUUCAAGUCAUGUCCACCCUUCCUCUCAAGGCAUUGUCGCGACUGUGGGGUCGCUUCAAUGAGAUCGACAUACCCUACUACCUUCGUGUACCUGGAUUCAAGCUAUACUCUUGGAUCUUCGGUGUCAAUCUCUCCGAAGUCUCGGAACCAGAUCUACACGUAUACCCCAACCUCGCCGCCUUUUUCUACCGCACCCUCAAACCCGGGGUACGUCCUCUGGACCCCAACCCCAACGCAGUUCUCUCUCCCGCAGACGGCAAAAUCAUUCAAUUUGGCACCAUCGAGCACGGCGAAGUCGAGCAAGUCAAGGGUGUGACAUAUAGUUUGGAUGCUCUGCUAGGAUCUACAAGACCCAGUACACCAGAGCAAAAUGUGGCAAAUUCCCAAGUUCGCGCUAGUGAGCACGAGAAAACACCACAAGACGAAGAAGACACUGUGCGCGCGGAUGAGGAAUUUGCAAACGUGAAUGGCAUCUCAUACACUCUACCAAACCUUUUCUCCGGACCAUGGCCAAAGGAUGGAAAGCCUGCUGAAAUGCCGACGGAUCAGUCAGUUCCUUCAAAGCCAUCGUCGGAAGCCGAAGUACGUGCCGACCUUGCUUUGAGUGAAUCACAGCGCCCAUGGUGGGCGCCCGCCUCAUUAAAGACACCUACGGUUCUCUACUACUGCGUUGUAUAUCUUGCGCCAGGCGACUACCACCGGUUCCACUCACCUGUAUCAUGGGUCGUUGAGUCGCGCCGUCACUUUGCCGGCGAGCUCUACAGUGUAUCCCCCUACCUACAACGCACUAUGCCCGGUCUUUUUACCUUGAACGAACGUGUCGUUCUCCUAGGAAGAUGGCGCUGGGGUUUCUUUUCCUACACUCCAGUCGGUGCAACUAACGUUGGUUCCAUCAAAAUUAACUUUGACCGCGAACUACGCACAAACAGUUUGACGACCGACACUGCGGCGGACCGUGCUGCGGAAGAAGCCGCUGCCCGUGGUGAGCCGUAUUCUGGAUUCGCUGAAGCUUCCUACACGAGCGCAAGCCGUGUCCUGGGAGGGUACGCACUCAAGCGCGGCGAGGAAAUGGGUGGCUUCCAGUUGGGCAGUACGAUUGUCUUGGUCUUUGAAGCGCCGAAGGGUAUCCGACCUAGUCUGGACGAAGGCUUCAGUGGUACGCGUGGCGAGAGAAAAGGUGGGUUCCACUGGAAUAUUCAACAAGGGCAAAAAGUUAAGGUCGGCGAGGCGUUGGGUUAUGUUGAAGAAGCUCAGUAA